ACAGUUCAGAGUUAAUUCAUCAAUUAUUACGUCUGCGGGACGUUUGAUGAUGAUUGACAGGAAAACAACGAGUACGAACCAAUCAGAGCGGAGGAGGGCGGGUCCUUCCUUCACUGCGCAGUCUCAGUUCAGUAGUCACGAGGCGUCUGCCGGAAAUGGCGUAGGAGGAGUUCCGGGUUGCAGGUGACAGGUGUGUGUUGUUGUUCUGCGGGUCAAACGGACGUUACCGCUUUUAGUGCUUUAACUCUUUCCCGCCGUUAUUUUACCGGGACGUUAACGCGUUCAUUUGAUGACGUGUCACCUCCGUUAGCCGGAUCUCAGCCACGCGCCUCCCGCAUUGUCCCGCACCGACCCUCUGAUGGCCUCCAGGCGGCCGGACAGCUUCGACGGGCUCGGCUACCGCGGCCGGGACGACCCGCUGUACGGAGCGAGCUACCCGCUCCGGAGCGCGGGAGGCCCCGCGGAGCUGCAUCACCACUGGGUCACCACGCCGCCGGACAUCCCGGGGAGCCGCAACCUGCACCACGGAGAGCGGACACCUCAGCACGACGAGCCGCUGGGAGAGCCCGGAGGGCCCGGAGCUGCAGCCGGCGGGGACGCUCCGCAGCCGGGCGUGCCGCCUGCUGAGCAGCUCAACAGAUUCGCGGGUUUCGGGAUCGGACUCGUCAGUCUGUUCACAGAGAACGUCCUCGCUCAUCCCUGCAUCGUCUUCCGUCGACAGUGUCAGGUGAACUAUCACGCCCGCUGCUACCACCUGACUCCGUUCAGCGCCGUCACUGUCAUGUACAGCAUCACCAAGGCUCAGGGUCUGAAGUCUCUGUGGAAGGGGAUGGGCAGCACCUUCAUCGUGCACGGCGUCACGCUGGGCGCCGAGGGCAUCAUCAGUGAGGUCACACCGUUACCACGGGAGCUUCCUCACAGGUGGACAUGGAAACAGCUGGCUGGACAUUUACUGCUUAAAGGGUUAACAGCUGUGGUGGCUCUUCCAUUUUACUGUGCGAGCCUCAUCGAGACCGUCCAGAGUGACAUCGUUCGUGAUGACUCGGCAUCCGGUCUUUUGGACUGCGUCCGUGAAGGUGUAACUCGUCUGUUUGGUGUCGGAGCGCCUCACAGUCGUCGUCUGCUUCCUCUCACCUGUCUGUUGCUUCCUGCGGCGUUGCACGCCAUCCUCCGGUACUCCAUCGCCGCCUCCAUUCAGCGGGUGGUGCUGUGGCUCCACCAGCGGAGCAGGAAGCAGCGGGCGGAUGCCAACAACCCACUGGACGCCUACUUCCCCGAGCUGGCGGCGGCAUGGGCGGGGUCUCUGGUGGCCGACAUCGCGCUGUUUCCUCUAGAGACGGCGCUGCACCGCCUCGGCCUGCAGGGCACGCGCACCAUCAUCGACGCCACCGACGGCGUGGUUGCUGUGGGAAACGGCGGCAGCCCGCUGGUCCUGCCCGUCAACACGCAGUACGACGGCUUCUCCGACUGCCUCCACUCCAUCCGCCGCAAAGAGGGUGUGGCCGGGUUUUACCGCGGCUUUGGGGCGCUGGCGGCGCAGUACGCGCUGCACGGAGCGCUGCUCGCCGCGGCCAGGACGCUGCUGAGGCUGCUGCUGCUGGAGGGCCGGGCUGGCUAGAGCCAUCACCAUCGAGACGCAUCACUUCCUGUACGAUGCCAGUGACCUUCCUGCAGAAGAUCGGUGUUGUCAUGGCGACAGGAGGUGACAGCUGAUGGGUCAGAAAACAUUUGAAAUAGAAAGUCGUCAGCGAGCAUCACCAUAGCAACCACUCAUCAGUGACCGACGCCAUGAUUAGCCUAGCUUAGCACAAAGUUUAUGUUGACUGUCACUUCCUGUCUUCAUUCGAAAUGUUGUGUAUCACCAUGGAAACGUAGUGUCACUUCCGUUGCAGCAUGAUGUCAUGAGCCUGUUCAAAUACUGCAAGCUGAUUGGUCGUCUACAGGAAACGUUUUAUUUGUAUAAAGUUGUAAAAAUGUGUUUGAAUAAAUGUGACUCAUGAAUAUUUAA